UGUUCAAAGACGGCUUGGAUUUCCACCAUUUGUUUCUAUUCCAGUGUUGAAACUUCGCCUCGGGACCACCAAGAAGGUUCCGAGUUGAAGAUUUGCGUCUGAAAUUCGAGCUCGCUAGUUUGUAUAACUCGCGCGUUUUGCGCCUCGUGACGUGUUUCCUAUUCUAUCACGUGAUUACAAGAAAUGUCAUUUGUGUUCCAGUGAUAUUGCUAGUUGUGAUCAAACUCCAACAAUGGCUACGGUUGCGAGUGGAAUGAAUAACGCGAUCCCAAACGGACCUGAACUUGGUGAAGUGAAAAUAGAGAAAGUAGAUCAGAUCAAGACGAGCGAUCAGAACUUCAACUGGAAAAUAACGACGACGGUGCCUUCAUAUAACGAUGCCAAUUCCCUGAACACAACAACAACCGUAACAGAAAACACGUCUUCGGACAACAGUAAUAAUGUAGUAGUGGCAGAAUGUCCUCAAAUCGAUGCUGCUACUCUAAAGCUUGCUACUUUGCCAAUGAAGACACAGAUCAUGCCUGGCCCUUACUCUGAAGUUCAGCUGCCCAAGAAGGAAAAUCAUGUCAAACGGCCGAUGAAUUCGUUCAUGGUUUGGGCGCAGUCAGCGAGAAGAAAACUCGCCGAACAGUACCCGCACGUACAUAAUGCUGAAUUAAGCAAAAUGCUCGGAAAACUCUGGCGAAUGCUUCCCCCUGCUGAAAAGCAACCGUACGUGGAUGAGGCGGCAAGGCUAGACAAAAGACACAAAGAGGAAUUUCCAGACUAUAAAUAUCGACCAAGAAGGAAGCAGAAACCGAUGAAACGUCCGUAUGUUCAAACGCGAGUUGCUGUGACACCCGGGUGGCCUGCUGGACAGGCUCAAACUCCAAUCGCAAUGAACGGGACGGCUACCAUCGCAGCUCAAAACGGCACCUUUCCCACUACAGCCUUGACACAGAAUUCCCAAGUGGCUCAGGUUUUUCCUCAAGGAAUUCAGACAGUCCCAGUACAAGCAGUGAACAAUGGAGGCACGGUAACGUAUGCGCCAAUCGGUAGUGUAGGAUACGUACCAACGACUCCUAUUCCGGGAGGAAGUAUGAUUCUACGACCAACGUUCGUUACAACUGCAGUAACGAAUCCAACAUCAAUCCAACCUCCAGCUUCUGUAACCGUGCAGGCGGUCAGAUCUACCGUAGCAACAACUCUGGCGACUCCAAGUUAUGCUAUCCCGUUAACACAGUACGCUGGAGCGCCGAUUAUUGUUUCGAGCGGUGUCAAUAACCUGGUUAACUCUACCGACAAUACAAACAUGGCUACAGAAAAACCUACGGAAAACGUACCUCUGGCUACCAUAAGCAUUCCCGCUUCAAUGGCUGGGCCCAUGAACAAUCAUUUCGCCACUAUUGCGGCUGCAGGACUUGUGGCGCCCAAUUCGGAUCCUGUCCAACCCAAAACCUCGGAAAGCCAACAUGCGGUGGAUAAUAAUUCCGUUCUGACUGUUUCUGUGUCGAGAAAUGGCACUGAGAACCAAGUUGAUGCGUCAAACGCAGAGCAUCCACAGAGUAUUGAGGUGAAAACAGCUGAGGGAUGUCGGAUUUAAUCUUAAAUUACUGGCUGCCUCAUAAAUCUCGGUAGGCCAUAGCGUGCAAGUACUAACCCUAAAUUUUGUGUUUAUUUAUUUACUGUUAGUAAUUUGUAACAUGGUACUUUUCUUACGACUUCCUCGCUCGCUAGAACAGUCGUGUUACUCUCUGACUGUGGUUUCUCUCUGUCUUGCGAUUGUAAAUUCAGUGCACGUGUGACAGGCCUUUCUAUUGUGUACCUAGUUGAUGUACACUUGCAUCAAGGGUCGACAAUCUGGAGGCCACAAAUGAUUGUUCUUACAGAAUGAGUUUAUUAUGUUUUUGCCCAAUGUGCUUCACACGUCAUCGCCUCUCUCUUUUGUACGAUCCUUUCUACAAGAAUGUACUCGUAGUAUUUUCUAUUGUUCGGCAGUAUACUCCGGUUCAAAAGAUUUUUAAUUGUAUGUGAAAUUAACAAUUGUGACAUGUUUGUUUCGUUUUAAAGCACGUUCAGCCCAGCGCUAAGCUGUAGUUUUACCGCGCACUAUUCUAAUUAUGCCUGCGAUUUCACACGCCUUCCAAAAGCAAGGUGUGUCUGAAGACAGUUCCAGUAUGUUCGAAUCCUGACUUAUUCGAACGAUCAAUCAUUCGAUUCGUGUGACCGAUCAUUCGUUCGUAUACAAAUAGCAAUAUAGCGCUUUAUUUAUUGCGAACGGUGAAGACUGCAGUUGCUAUUUAUUUUAUUGAAAGGGGUAUAUUUGUCAGAGGUUAAAGGAUAUUACGAAAUUACUUGUUUAAAAUGAUUAUUACUUAGUGCGAUUUCGUGAAAAAAAAACAUCUGAAAGACAUAAGCUCGAAUGGUUUCUAAGCCAUUUGUUUCUUUGAGCAUUUGAAAAGGUUUUAUUGUUUAAUUUGACAGGACUGUGUACAUUUCAAGAGAGAUUUGUGAUUACGAAACUGCUUGUCAAUUGUUUUGAAUUAUUUCUGAUCAAAAUUUGGACAGACUAAGACAUGUUGGUCAACAAAUAGUUUUUUUUACCUUCAGUUGUUAAUAAUUUCAAGUACAGUUCUAGAAAAGAACAUGAAAAAUCAAGGAAAAUCUUAUAUUGUAUGUUUUGAAUACUUUUGGUGAUAACUUUUUUCUGGCAUGUAAUUUUGGUUGCUUACUGCUAACAUUUCCUUGCAACAAAUUAGAGCUUUGGUUUUCUGAGGAGUAAAUUACUGCUGUGGUAGGUUAAAUAAGUGUGAGACAUCGGGCAAAACAUAGAAAAAAGGUCUUGUUAUUUUAUGGGGCUGGAGUUUGUUUGUUAGUUGGCUCUCAAAGUCAAAAGACAAGUGCCGUAAGGUAUGCAUGCAGAAGAUCUGGGUCAAAUCCUAAAUAUUAAAUUCUACAAUUGUUCUUGUCUGAGCUGAUAAAUGUGAAGAUGCAAACCAAAGUGUUGAAAUUCUUCUGUGGCAAAAUGUAUGUAGAUGAUAUUCCUUAUUGUUCAUUGUUCUUAGAAAGUUAAGCUUUUUCAAUGGAAAUCUUGCUAUUUCCAAGAUUAUUUUGUUCUUUUGAAACCAGCCCUGAGAAAUUGUUUUUGUUUUAAUUUUGAGCUUGAAUGAGUAAUUUUACCCUGCAUGUAUACUUUAUGACACUUUUCCUUGAGGGUACUAUAAUCUCCUUUUUAAUUGCACAAGUGGACAUUCACUUCUCAGUGAAUUAUUUUUUCAUUUCUUUAUUAUUACAUAAUACUCAUUAUAAAGUUAUUCUCAAGACAAAGUUGAUCACAUAAAACUGCUUCAGUGUUGGUGCAAUGAACUUGUUAUUUUCUUUUGUUUUGUAAAAUGUAGCAGCAUAUUUAUGAAAGAAUACACAUUCAUCUUUCUGUAACAAAGAUUAACUGUAAUGGUAUCUAGUUACUUUAGACUUCAAGAGCCAUUUGUCUUAUUUAAGUGUAGAAGUUUGUAUUUUAAGGUGACUGUGUUGUUAGUAGUGUACGUUCAUCUUGUGACAGUGUUUAUUACUGUACUUUUCAUGUUUUUGUAUUGUUUGUUUGCUAUCAUUGCUGAGGAUGUUAAAUUAAUGGCAAAAACUAUUGUUAAAGAAGAAAACAUGAGAGACAAUGUGCAGUUUAACAAUCCAGUUCAGAAUGUAAAUUUAAGGUGGUGACAAAGUUUUUUACAGAAUGUUAGACAGGUAUACACACCGCAAUCAGACAUAGAAUUUAUGUUAAAGAUAAACACCAUGGAACUCCAAUUCUUUGCCAAGGGUGGGAUAUGCUUACUACCUGUUAUGCAGAGUUGACAUUAAUUGAUAUUUUCCAAAAGGUUGAUGUUGAAUAGUUAAACAAUAGUAGUAUGGAAUGGUAGAAUUCUAAAUGUGAUGAUAUAGGCUUAUUUAACAAGGAUUACAUUACCAUUCAUAUUCAAAGUAGUUUAUAGACACAAAAAGUUAAUAAAUGAUGAAAAUACACACCAUUCAUUUAUUGUAUGAAAAUAGAUAAGCCAGGUUUCAAUGCUAUUACACAGUUGAUUUUACUUUUUCAAAUUAUGAUGGUAGAAGUAAUCUGUCAAGUCAUAGGUAAAUCAAAAUAGUAUGCUGAAUCUCUAGGCUAAUAAACAGUGAAUAGAUUUUUACCAUUUGUAAGAUAUUUUAUGCCUCUGGUUACUGUGUAACUGACAGAGUAAUUACCAGUAACUUUCUAAGAUUUAUGUGAACUUCAUAUUAUUGUAAAGAAAGGAUUUGACUGUUUUGUGAAAGCCUUUGGUACAAGUUUUAUUCAUUAUCAUUAAGCAAAUUCUUGGUAUCUUGGAGGUAGACCCAUGCACGCUACAAGUGCAUUAGAUUUUGAUGAACUAGAGGAAGGCCGAAAUGUUAAUCUUUAAGUAGUACUGUACAUUAUGGUAGCAACUUCCCUCCUUUCAUUUCUGUUGCCCUCUUUUUAUACCAAAUGCAAAAUACAUUAAGAACCCAUAAUCUGAUCAAAAGUCCUUGCUUUUGAUCACACAUCGUUCUGUGAAGGGAAAAUCAUUCAGGCCUUUCUCUUGUUUGUCUGGUGUAUGGUAUAUUGGCAGUCGGCUCUGCAUACGUUCAUUAUUAAUCAGAAAAUCAUUAUUUAAAAUGUAGUGUUUUUAAUUCAGAAUAAACGUAAUGAACAUCUUUAUGAA